CUCUUCUCUGCUGCGCCUCCUCAGCCACAGACGUUUUAAUCCUGGUACAUCAGCUGUUCGACUCGAGACGUCCCUCCCGAACAUGGAUCUGGUUUUAAGAAGAACUUAGGACCUGUUGGAGGACUCACUGAUCACCUCAGACUCGGAGACAUGGACGCGGCAGACCUGAUCCGGCUGCCUGACGAGGAUCUACUGAGGCUGGGGAAGAAGGAUCUGAUCCGAACCCUUAGGAGUCUGGAGAACCGCAACAUGGACCUCAUGAUGGAGCACGGGAAGCUGAUGAGGGACGUGAACCGGAAUCUGCAGGUCCACCUCCACGAGAUCCGGAGCCUGAAGGAGGUGAACCAGAAGCUGCAGGAGGACAACCAGGAGCUGCGGGAGCUCUGCUGCUUCCUGGAUGACGACCGGCAGAAGGACAGGAAGGUGUCCCGGGAGUGGCAGCGCUUCGGCCGCUACACGGCCGGAGUCCUGUGGAAGGACCUGGUUCUGUUCCAGCAGAAGCUGACGGAGCUGGAGACCGGCCAGGAGGCGCUGAAGGCGGAGAACACCGAGCUGACGGAGAUCCUGGUCAUGCUGGACGAGGAGAGGAGUGGAGCCCGAUCCCGGAGCUCUAUUGACAGCCAGUCUAGUCUGAGCAACCUGAACGGGCCGGUUCCGCCAAGAGACGGCGGGGAUGGGAGCAGUACGUCCAGCGCCGGGAGCGGGGGGAGUCCAGAUCACCACCAGAACCUCCUGCUCAUGAAGACUGAUCCGAUGAGGAGGUCCAUGGAUGACCUGAGGGUCGACAGAGACUGUGAAGCGUCUGGCGGCUACGUCAGACAGCUGGAGAACAAGCUGAAGAUGCUGGAGGAGGAGAACAAACAGCUGAUGUCGCAGGCUCCUGCUUGGACCUCCAGUGGAGAACCACCCCCCACAGGGUUCUGCCUACACCUGGCUCAGAAACCUGAAGCUGUUGUUCACGCCAUGAAGGUCCUGGAGGUUCACGAGAAGCUCGACAGACGGAGCUCCAGAGAGUAUGAUGAAGACCUCAGCGACAAGGAGAAGGCCAUCGUCAGGGAGAUGUGCAACGUGGUGUGGAGAAAGCUGGGUGAUGCUGCCGGAUCAAAGUUCUCCUCCCGACAGCAGCUCUCAGGAAACCAGUUCCAAGGACCAGUUCAGUAGGAGACGCCACCAGUAAACCUGGUAGCUCCUGGAGGAUUUGGAAGUGGUUCUCAUCUAAAGCUGGUUGGAUCUCCUGAUGUUAACUGACUGGUUGGUGCAGGCUGGAACUAAGCCUCUAGCGCCACCACGUGGACAGAUUCAGACUGCUGCUUUUCUCUCCUCAUCAUGUGAUGAAGAAGCGUGUGCUGUCUGUGUGAAAUCUGCUCUGCAUGUUUAGUGAAGCUGGAAAACAUAAAAAAUUCCAACAGCUUCCUGGGAUCUGACCCAGUUUUCCUGCUGAAGCUGCUGCUCCACCCGGCUGUAGAAGUAAAGGUGGAGACGAUGAAGCUGCGUUCAGGAGCAGGAGGAUGAUGCGGAGCGGCCAUCGCUAACUCACCAGGUGGCCGUCCUGCUGUCAGGAGGAGGAUUAUGAUUUUAUUCAAACACAAAGUGUUUUAGUUUAAGAGUUUUAUUCUGACACGAGCUGUUUUCUGUAGAACGAUGAAUGAUCAGCAGAUCUGAGUGAUUUAUUGAUGAAUGUUGUGUAAAAUAUCCUAAAACAUUUCAACAUGUGAGAUGUUCAGCUGUGAUGAACCACUUAGAAAAGAUCAGAGGUUGUUUAUAUUUUUGAAUUUGCUGUAAGUAGCAGAAACUAUUUUAGAAGCGUAAUAAUGACCCAAGAAGUCCCUUUUAGAUCCUCAUUAAAGCAUUUUUUCUAAA